AUGGUGGUUAUCGUGUUGUUUUGUUGUCACUGUUCCCUGUUUACUAUUGCUCACUGUUGUCUUUCAUAUCUUUGCUUGUUUACUCUCCUUUCAAACCAUCACACACUCUCCAAGUCUCAAUCACAACCUUCUUUCUAUUGUUUAUCUAUAUCAUCUCAAUUGCAACCCUCUUCCCCUGGCAAUCUCAAACAUACUGAGAUUACGCUUUCAACCCAACCUAUCUCCCCGUCUUUGCAGGUUGACUUUGCAAAUCUGGGAGCCAUGGACGAGCUAACCGAGAAACGGCUCCAGGACAUUCAAAUGGCCGAUCUUGGGACCGCUCGUCGUGAAUACAUAUCGUCAGUUGACAAACCAAAUAAAUUCACCAGGAUUCGGAAAGAACAACUCGAGGCUUCUCGGUUAUCGAACGUAGAUGAGGCAGUACGCCGUAUUGCUGAACAGAAUAAAGAGCAACUUUCUGCGUGGUCUAGCCUUUACAAGCAAGUCGAUGACACAGGUGGCCUCGAGGACCUGGACACCAUGAUGGAUGGUCAGAGCCAUCGAGCUCAACUCAGCGCUACCAUCCAGGAAAGCGGAGGACAGACUUACGUUGAGACUCCCAGUUCUGGAAAUAGUCCUCAACCAAGGGCUCAUGCUCGAGAUGCCCGGGAUCCCGGACGUGGUGGUGGAAACGUAGGACGACGUGGUCGAGGGUCCUCUGUGUCUAAUACACAGCAAAAUUAUGAAACAUUUCUUGCUGAACCAGAGGGUUUCUUGGCUGCUAUUCGCAAGAAUAGAUCGGCGUCAGUAGAGAACCCUGGAGAGGACGUGGUGCAUGCUGCAGCCACAACCUCCGAUGACACGUCUGAGGCGGCACGCCCUGAACUGCCAGAGGGGGCUUCUAAUCCAGAUACUGAACUCCUUGAUCUUCACUCUCAUUCAGGGGUCACUACCCCAGUUGCCGCUGAAAAUCAGCAGUCGCUGUCAACUACGAAAGAUGAUGCUCAGUCCCUUGCUACUGCUGAAGAUGAAGCGACGACAAACAGUCUUACCAAGGUUCAGCAAUCUCACCCUCCCGAAUCGGUCAAUAUGACACAGAAAGCACCUUUUUCUGAGCCUUCUAAGGCUUCUGUAUCCACAGAAUCCGUGGAAGAAGAUGAUGAAAAAGAUAAUACUCAGGACAAACCAAGACCUACGAAAGUUUUCAGCUCGAAUCUUCCGCAGCCCCAGAUCUUUACGCAAAAGUAUUCCCGGGCUCAAGAAGCUGAGACGCCCAAGACUAAACUCGACGAAAACAAUGAUCUUCUUCUCGAUUUCAGCACUUCUACCGUGACAACGACAAGGAACCCGGAGAAAGAAUCCGUGCCACCAAGUGCUGCGGUCCAAGAUCUGAUGGAUAUCGACUUCAGCCGUCGCUCCAGGUCAUCUUCUAGAUCAGUAGCUUCGGUUCAACAUGGCCCAAGCCCUAGCGAGACUGCUAGUCCUGGGCCAGCUAUCAGAGCUGAGAAAGCUGUGACUCCCCAGGCUCCUCGUUCGAUCAGUUCGAUCAGUUCGAAGCCCUCACCCGCUAAAAUACCGGUUGUCAGUUAUCUGCAAGAGCUGGCUUUCAUCAACGACACCCUUCCAUCUCUGACCGGAGAGGACGCAGAAAACUUGAACGAACGACGGAAUAAACUUAUAAGACUGAUUUCGGGUGUCACUGAGGGCAAAGCCGCUGAGAAUUUGACUUCUUUGAACACCCGGAAAGCUAGCGAGGUCGUUUCUGCUGCUAUGGAGUCUUUGUCGAUCAGGUCCCCUGAGGAUAAUCCUCCCGUCCAGGAACGUGAACAAGCCGAACCAGCUCAGAAGAAAAGCGCAGACGUUGAGAAGACCAAGGUUGCUUCAAGCAGCCAGGGAUCUUCACCAUCUGAGCUUCGACUACGGCAGGCCGUCCUAGCGGCGCCGUUUGUCCCUCGAUCAAGUAGCUCGAGCGAAUCACCUGUUCCCAGCCGCAGAAGAAUGCAUGUUCCCGAGGACGACGACGAUCAUAUUUUUGGUGAACACACGCUCCCUGGGAGAAGCAGACCCAGCUCGAUUUCCACGUCGAAUUCCGUGUUGCGUGCCCCUAGUACAGAUAGUAAUGUUGACCACCUUUGUCAGGCUUUGACCGACAAAUUGACGUUUGAUGUAGGACCACCGAACACAAGCGGACAAGCGUUCCCUGCAGUUCAGGAUACAGCACGUCAUGGUAUCCCUGACAAUUCUACAGCGGUGGAUCGUCCAGUUGCGUCGACUACAGGUGGUCCCAUCAGUUCUUCUUUCAGCUAUCCUGUGGAGUCUGCUGUACCUGCACAGGGCGUUAUCGUAAAUCAACCUACUUGGCCAGCCGGACCGCUAUCUGAGACGACGUCUCAGUACGGUACCAAUCUUCCUCUGCCUUCGAUUCCGCAAAACGACCUCACGAAGUCGACGCAUCCGAAUCCUACGGCAACUCCGUUUAAACCGAAAGGAGAGAACCAAUCUCCUGCGCACCACGCUUCCCACAGUUUGUGUGCUUCCAGGCACGCGCCGACAGCGAGUGCGUCUCUCCCAGGAGGGUUCGGUCAACCGUCGCAACCAGCGCAAUACCAGGCUCCAGUGCAGACUGAGCAACAGCCUAGCCCUGCCCCUCCUACGCGCAGCCUUUACGCCUCGAGACAUGCGCCUACGGCUUCUUCAAGUCCUGCGGCUUCUCCUUCCCCACGGUUUAGUCACCAACAAGCAGAGCAACACACCAACCAGCCGUUUGCACGUCAGAAUCAGGCUGCUCCUAGCUUUCAGCAACGAGGAUUCCCACAUCCCUGGUCCGCUGCGUCUGCAGCAGGAGUGUCUUCUUCUUCUUCCAAUCAACCAAUGCAACCGAGCCAAUACCAGCAGCAGCCUCCUGUAGCAGCCGCAGCACAAAGUCCACAGAGCCCUCCUCUUCCGCAAACCCGCAGUCUCUACGCAUCUAGAUAUGCGAUCCUACCCGACGACGACAAGAAGAAACCUCUCCGCUAA